GCCGCGCGCGCUGCACGGCGCACGCAGUAGCACGGCGGAGCGCGCGCGAGCGGUCCUCUCCUCCCGCGCCCGCGCCCUCGUCAGCGCCCGCCUCCGCCUCCGCCCGAACCUACAUCUCUUGUGCAUCUAUAAAGCGGAGACUCUGCGCGCACUUGGACGCAGUUACGGCUUAACCACGUUAACCCUUAUACCAUAGACACCUUGACAAACCGUGUGCCGUUCGUUGUUUAAAAAGUUCAGUGUCAUCAUGUCUAACCAAGAAUGGGGAUACACCGGUGAGAACGGCCCGUCAACGUGGGUUGAGAAGUUCCCAGAAGCAAGAGGUGCAAGACAGAGUCCUGUAGAUAUCAUUACGACCCGAGCGAGUAGCGGCGGAAGUGCACCAGCCCUAUCUUGGCAGUACUCUGUCAACCACCCCCGCUCCGUGGUCAACCCUGGCUACUGCUGGCGCGUAGACGAAAAUGGUUAUAACUCAGAACUACGAGGGGGUCCACUGGGAUCCGAUGUAUAUAAACUUCAACAGUGGCAUUGUCACUGGGGUGCUGUAAAUGGGGAGGGUUCGGAACACACGGUAGACGGUCGGUCUUUCUCUGGAGAACUUCACCUCGUCCACUGGAACACGAGCAAAUACCGUAGCUUCUCAGAAGCUGCCGGCCAACCUGAUGGACUAGCCGUUCUUGGAGUAUUUUUGGUGGUUGGAUCAAAACACGAAGAGUUAGAUAAGGUUGUACGGUUACUUCCGUUCAUCCAACAUAGGGGCGACAAAGUAACAAUGUCCGAACCACUGGAUCCAGCGAACCUGCUACCAAACCAAAUUUCUUACUGGACUUACCCUGGAUCACUUACAACGCCACCUUGCACGGAAUCUGUCACCUGGAUUCUGUUCAAACAACCCGUUGAAGUCUCUGCUGAACAGUUGGCGUUGAUGCGCAAGCUCAGAUGUGGCGAAGCGUCAUGCGGCGAGGAAGCUAUGGAAUUGCUCCACAAUUAUCGGCCAACACUUCCACUGGGCAACAGGGAAAUGCGCGAUUAUGGAGGAAAUUGAAUCAGGAAGAUUUACGAUUCACAACUUUUCAAAAUCAUAUAUAUGCCUAUCCUGUUAUCCGAUUCAGAGAACACAAUAUCAAGUGUGAAUUAAUCUUAAAUCUCGAAUAGUUUUGGAUCUGUCGUAGAUUUUGUAAAUCUAAUAAGUAUUAUAAUAGUCGCAGCUAUUAUUGAUAAAUACGGGUGAAACUAAUAUGUCAUUAGAGGCCUUAAUUAUUGUAAAGUGAUUGUGCCUUAUAUAUAUGAUUAAGUAGCUAUACGUAUACGAUACGUAUCUAUAUUAGAAAGACUUAAAUGAUGAUAUUUAUUCAACAUUUAAUUAUACAUAAUAUUUACCAAAACAUUCGAUGUAUUUUAAUAUUACUAAAUUAUUAAUACUUAUAUUCUAUGGUAAUAAGAUUCGACGUUAAUAAGUUAUUCUUGAAUCAAUAUUAACUUUCAUUGCCAGAUUUAUGAAAUAGGUAGUACACAGUAUGCUCUGCAGCACAGUAAACGUCGAAUUAUGUAUACUGUGCUAUUGUAUCUAACAUAAAUCAAUGGCAAAUAGCAUUAUAUGAAUUUUUAUUGUUUAUCCUUAUGAAUGUAUUUUGCAUAUUAUCAAUACAGUUAUGUUAACUGUGUUGUCUAUUACUAUGUAGUAAGAAUUAGACUAGAUCAUAAUGUAAGGUAUUAUGUGAACAACA